AUGGAAGCUCCUGAAUUCUUGAAGAGCAACGAUCAUCACCUGAAGUUCUGUAUUCUCUAUGAGGUUGCUCUCAAAAAGCCAAUCUACGAUUCCUAUCAAACUUUUUGUGAAGCUGUCGGGAAGGAUGCCAUGCGAUAUCCGGAUUUCGAAUUCUGGUAUCAUCGAUUUCGUCUGGGAAAGCUGGAUUUUGACUAUGAUCGGAGUAUGGAUCCAGCACCGAAGGCAUUGAUAGAUAUGCCAGUUAAAGUGAUGCGAAAAAUCACAGAAAACCUGAACCCUUUUGAACAAUGUUACCUCCGAUCAAUGAACCACGUCAUGAAAAACUUCACCGAUUCGUUUCCAACAGUUUUUGAGAGUAUAUGUGUUGAAGCAAACGACGAUUUACUUAGAUGGCAAUUGAACGGAAACGAUUUUGAGUGCAAAGAAGUAGACGACGGAUGUACGUUCACCAAACCAAAAUGUCUGAAUACCAAAAAAAGCGAUGAGACAAUUACUCAAAAAUAUAACAACAGAGUGAUGAAAACAUACAAGGAAUGCUAUAUAAAAAAGAGCCUGGAGUACCUGACACCAUUAUUUGAAAUCGCCAAGCUUCAAACAAAUCUUCUUUGGUUAGAGAUGAAGAUUCAAACGCCAGAACUCGAUGGUCUUUUACCCGUCGGGUUUAAUGCAAAGCGUGCGUAUAUUGCGGCCUAUAAUUCCGACAAUGCGGUUCAGCUCCUGUCUACGUUGAAGGCUGGAUACCUCGAGUCGUUCAAAAUAGAUUUCAAUGGACCAAUGGAAAGAGAACACUUCACGAUAGUUUUCGAAACCGAUCAAUUCAAACAAGCGCAGACUAUAGAAAUUCGCAAUGAUGUGGGAUUCAAUUUGGAGGAUUUAGUGAACUUUGAACACUUGAAGCAGUUCAUUUGUGGCGUGAAGAGUAUUGUCGAGCCAGAGGAGAUUCUACAAAUUCGAGACACCGUUUCCACAUUCAAAAAUUUGGAGUAUUGUAGAAUUUGGUGUUCGCGCAACGGAAGGCAGAUCAGAACGCUUGCUGAAGUACUGAAGGAGGAGGUUCCAGAAGGACUGGAACCACUGAAACUGUUCACACAUCGGUAUAAGAACCCCGCAUUCAAUAAAACUUUCGAAUUCAAGAUUUCGGAUAGAGGAAUUUAUAUUCGCAUCGACAUUCUUAAAGUCCAAUAA